UCCCACCCACCAAAAAUUAUCAGAAGCCAAUGGAAGCUGAAGAAGCAGGGCAGCCCCACGAGGCUCUCUUCCUGGUCUUGCCUUACCUUCCCCUGUUCGACCUCUUAGCCCUCACCCAAGUCUGCACAUCUCUGAGAGAUGCCGUCCACAUGGACGUUCUGCCGUGGCUGGAACUCGUCAUCGAAAAUCCUCUGAGUCGAAAGUUGUCCGAUGAUAUCCUCCUCAAGUUCACCUCCAAGGCCAGCGGCAGGCUCCGGAUACUUUCACUGUCAAACUGCUCCAAGAUCACCGACGAUGGGCUUCUUCGGGUCAUCCAAGACAAUCCCCUCAUCGAGAAGCUCUUUGUUGCGGGUUGCACUAGCCUGUCCCCUGAAGGAAUUCUAGACGCCGUGAAGACUCUGAUCUCGACCAGCAACCGCCUCAGGUGUCUCAGAAUAAAUGGCAUCUACAACCUGAACAAAGACCACCUCCAACCUCUCCAAUUCUAUCUCGAGCUGAACCAAACAACCCUGCAGGAACCGCAAGUACCAGCACCGAUCUUCUUCCACGACCAUGGAGAUUCCACCCGAGUCAGGGAGUGCAACAGUCGCUCCAUUGAUGUGGAAAUCUGCCCAAAGUGUGAUGAAGUGAGGAUGGUCUUUAGUUGUCCCCGGGAAACGUGCAAAGAAUGUCGAGGGUGCAUCUUCUGCAUUCCGAGGUGUGCGGAGUGCGGGGUCUGUGUCGAUGCCUCCGAGGAAACAGAAGAAGCUGUUUGCGGGGACUUAUUAUGUUCUGCGUGUUGGGUUCAGCUUAAACCCAAGUGCAGUUUCUGUAAUCGGCCUUACUGCAGGCAACACCGGAAGCAAGAAACGCGGUGUUCUUCAGGGCCUCAUGGGUUUGUGUGUGGGGUCUGUAAUUGGGAAUAUAUUGAGAAUAUGUCGAAUGGUAAAUUAGUUUAGUUUUAACUAAAACUGCGAGGUAGUUCUUGAAUUAAACUCUAUUAAAGAUGCAAUUUAAUGGAUGUUUUAUCUCUCAUGCCUCUGCUAAUGUAUUUAUUUGAUUGUCAUUAA